CUGCUUUCCAUUCAUUCCCAUAGAAAGCUAAACAGCUCAAGUUGACUCAUUCGGUCAAAAGUAAUCUCAACGGUUUUCCAUUCAAUUUUCACUCUUCUAGUUUUUAAUUAUUUUAUUCAGUUUUAUAUUGAAAUUAUUAAUUUUCAACAAAAUGGUUCUCGAACUUUAUGCAUCAAUGGGUUCACCACCUUGUCGAUUGGUUUACGCUGUCCUUAAACAUCUCAACAUACCGUAUGAACAAAAAACGCUAAACAUGAGGGAAAAGGAACAUCUUCAACCUCAAUUUCUUGAGUUAAACCCAUUUCACACCAUUCCUACUAUUGUUGAUGAUGGAUUCUCGCUAUUUGAAAGUCGAGCCAUUAUUACCUACUUGGUUGAAAAAUAUGCUCCUGAUAAUCACCUUUACCCAAGAGAUAUGCACAAACGAGCUUCAAUCAAUCGCUGGCUCUACUGGGAAACGGCAACCCUAUCAAGUGCUGUACGAAACUAUAUGUCACCUGUUUUUCGUGGUGAAUCUGAAAAGCCCGACGCUAAGGCUGGUGAAGCCAUUGUGAACCAUGUUGGAACACUUGACUCAAUCUUAUCGAAACGAAACUAUAUUGCUGGUGAUAAUUUGACUCUUGCUGAUAUUGCCCUAGCGUUUACUGUUUUAUCCAUCAAGGCCCACGAUUUAAAUGUGAAUCAACUUGCCAAUGUCAACAAUUGGUUGAAGCGACUUGAAAGUGAUUUGUCUAGCAUUUGGACUGAGAUUUUCGUGGAACCCAUUGAAGCAAUGAAGAAACGUUUUGCUGAAAGAGCUACCAAAUCUUAAGUUGUUUACAGUUGCCGAGAUUCAAUUGGAUUCCAGUCUCAUGUAUUCUUACAUGAUACCUGGGAAGGUUAAACGAAACAAUUAAAUUGAUUAGAAUAUUUCAUCAUUU